CUGACGUCUUAGCAGUAACUGCAUGCCCCGGGCGAUAAAAGCUAUUUUAAGCUGCAACAUAUUUGCAUUGACUAUUAUAGAUUCAUUCAUAUAUAUACAUUGCAUAUAUAUAUCGUGUCCAUUUUUCCUCAGUCAUCAGUCAUUAGUUGACGAACCAGUUCGCUGAUCGAAUGAUGUCUCAGUCGGUGGUGUCCACAGCAUGGCUUGACAAGGAGCUGAAGGCAAACAAGACCAACUUGGCAGUAUUAGAUGCCACUUGGUUUCCAGACAAGAACGCUUCCGAGGCUUUUUCAAAGCAACACAUCAGCCAUGCCACAUACAUGGACAUGUUCAAAGGGGUACAGUUCACUCCUUUGUACCCUCGUAAUAUUCCAGAUGUUCCAACUUUUGAAGUCAACGCCAAGGGCAGUGCAGUGAAUAACAGCGACCAUGUUGUCAUUUAUGAAAACACAGGAAUGUUUGGAUACUUCAUGGGAGGAAGAGCUUGGUGGAUGUUCAAGCUGUUUGGUCAUGAAAAUGUUUCCAUAGUGGAUGGAGGACUGGAAAGGUGGAUUGCCGAUGGUUAUGAAACAACAGAUAUGAUGGUCAAGAAAAAGGAAGGUGAUUUUAAAGCAAAGUACACACCAAAAUGGAUCAAAAAGUUUGAGGACAUGCAAGAAAACCUCAAGUCACAUAAAGCACAAGUUUGUGACAGUCGUGGCCCUGACCUGUUCAAUCACUCACCUAAUGAUCCUAAGACUGGUCACUACCCUGGUGCAGUGAACAUUCCAUUUCCAAGCCUGUUUAACCCAGACACCAAAACUCUCAAGACCAUUGACGAGCUGAAGAAAGUUUAUGCUGAUGCUGGAAUUGAUCUCACUAAACCAGUAAUCGGCAUGUGUAUUGGUGGACUAUCAUCUUGCACUCUGGUGCUCACAGCUCAUAUUUGCGGCUGUCCUGAUGCGGCACUAUAUUAUGGAGGAUUCACCGAGUGGAAAGGAAGAGCUGACCCAAGUCAAAUUGAAUGAUACUUCACAUGAUUUACCUGUGGCACAUAAUUUACCCCACAUAUAUUAGUUGGUCACUUUGUUUGCAAAAUCAGUACAGAAGCAUGUACUGUUUGCUUUGCUGAAUAAAAAAACUGGUAACAGCAAAAAA